UUGGGCUUCCGGGUGGGGUCAGGAGGGCGGUGUUGCGUGUUUUUUCCAUUAUUCAAAGGUCUUACUCUUCACUCUUCAUUCCUUACCGCCUUCGAAUUAAUCAUCUAGCAUUCCAAUUCCGCGCUACCAAAAGCUAAUAAUUCCAGAUUCACUCCAAAUCCUGAACUCACUCGAACACUAGUAGUAGAACAAAACUAUGGACAACUCGAGAAAGUCGAGCAUCAGCUCCGACAAAGAAGAUUUACAUGUGGUGGAUUCCUCCAAUCGUGAUAGCGAAGAGUUUAAGCCACCCUCGCUGCCGACAAGGUCUCCGGAUUACUCACCCGAGGGAUCAUCAAUUUCCUCGGAUCACACAUCUCUUACUCAUGGGUCCUCCCCAAUUCCAACCCCGAGAGAGAAGCAAACCUCCCCGCCGCACAGCCCACCUGGAAAAUUGCCUCCUAAGCCUCGGCUGCCAGCGCCGGCUAUCAAUCGCUACGUCGUAGGCGAGCCCUUCUCAGUGUCCAAGAUGGCAGAUUCAGGUGGGCAAGGAGGAAGGGUGGAGGACGGUCAUGAGCAGGUUAAAGCAAGUAGCGGACGCAGGUUUCGACCGUCUCUUUGGAUUCCGAGGAGGGCAAAGACAGAGCAAUUGAUGAAGAAGGCGGCGUUGGGGUUUAGGGCUUUUGGGUUUUUGUUCUCAUUGGUUUCCUUUUCCGUCAUGGCUGCCGAUAGACAUGAAGGUUGGGCACUUGAUUCAUUCGAUCGUUACAAGGAAUUCAGGUACUGUAUGACAGUGAAUGUGAUCGCAUUUCUGUACUCCGGAGCACAGGCCGUGGAUCUGGGCUACCAGUUAUGCGCUUCCAAGUCAAGGCUUCUGCACCGUUUUCGACACCCUAUUGAUUUUGCUCUUGACCAGAUGAUAUCGUAUCUUCUAAUAUCAGCAUCAUCUUCUGCUGCUACUCGAGUUGAGGACUGGGAAUCAAAUUGGGGCAAGGACAAAUUCCCAGAUAUGGCAAGCACGGCUGUGUCAAUGUCCUUCCUUGCAUUUGCGGCCCUAGCUUCCGCUGCUCUCAUAUCUGGCUAUGGCCUUUGCACGUCCAGACAGAUGUAGUAUUUAGUUUGUCUGGAUAUAUGUGAUGUUCUUUUAUAGUAUAUACAACCGGGACUAAACUCUUGCUAUGAAGGAUGCCUGAAUUGUGUAUAUCUAGGUGGAUUUUUCUUCCUUACAAAUGUUUUUUUUUUUUUUUUAUAACGAAUAGGACGACUUUAAUACAACUCUGAUAAUACAGUGCUUUUUCGAAGAUGUAUACCAAAUUUUUUUUUUGGCUAUUGCU